AUGCAGCUUGGUCUGGCUGGCCAACAACUCAUCGACUACUCGCAGGAUUGUCGCCCUUGCACACACCAUCGCGGCCCUUCUCAGGAUCAGCCCAGGAGGCGACAUGUCGCACGGUCAUCGAAACGUCUAUUCUCUGGCACUGCGCCCGCUGCCGUCGCUGCUAUAGAUUCAUCUAAUCACUCACAAUCUCAGCGUCAUUCCCAUAUCAUGUCACAAGCCGCUCCCCGACGAAGGACGUGGGUCGCUCAACAUGGAACGAUAUCGCGAUUCUCGAGAAGUGUAUUAGUCGCCUUUCUCAUCGCCUUGCACGCCGUGUCACCUGCCCAUGCCGUCAGGAUUCCUUUUACGAACUGUCUCAGCGAUUCCUACCGCCUGAACGAACCGACGAGAUUGCAAUGGGUUCCUUUAUUCGCCGAUGCUGUAUUCGACACCGAGAACGAGAAACACAACCUUCGUGUAAUUGUAUGGGGAAAUGUUACGGGUGCCCGAAAUACUGCCAAACUGCCACCUCCGGACGAUCCUUCGUGGAAAGACAAUGAUAAAAUCAAUGGCAAAAUCGCACGAUUGCCCGAGACCAACGAGACUGCCACAACCUACUUCUCCAGAGUUAACUUCUUGACAUAUCUUCCAUAUAACCAUCCAUUUGAUUUCUGUACACAGUCGGUGGUCAAUGACUCGUGCCCUGUUGGCCCUUAUUUUGGACAAGUCAAUCCCAACGAUCCAUACAACUUGCCUUCUCUCAACGUCACAUGGGAUGCAUAUGCAUCAUAUGCCUUUUCUUCCCUGAUACCCAGCAUGUCCAUCAUAGAUGGAACUCACGAGGCGCCUCAGAUUGGCUGCGUUUCCAUGACCGUAACUCCAGACCUCGGAGGUCUUUCUUGGCUCCUCAAGUUUCUGCCCAUGAUUGUGCUGCUUUUUGUGGGGUUUGCAGUCGCUUCCUCGGCCAUCUUUAGCCCUUGGGGCUCCUCCGAUAUCUUUCACUGGACCUCCAACUACGGCCGUGACGUUGACUUGCUCCGCCUCGUUACCCCUGGAUUUGGUGACUGUCUCCAGUACAUCCAGUUCAUUGCACUGACCGGCGGCCUUACUCUCGACUACCCCGGAUUCUAUCAGCCUAUUGUCAGUCAGAUGGCAUGGUCAACUCUAAUGUUUAACGAAAGUUUCGUCGCAGAUGCCCCCUCAUGGCAGAGCGUUGUAGAUGGCAUUUAUGUUACCAAUGGCACCUACGGACUCCAAGAGCUGGGGCAAUUGGUUGGCAUGGCGGAGACUAGGGACAUCUGGGCUGGCAUGAUGGUUUGGUUAUGCGUCUGCAUUGCCUCAGUCACAGUCCUGGUCCAGGGUGGAUUCGCAGUUCAGUGGUUAUUUCGAAAGAUCAACAACACUCCCGAGGAAGAUUUGCGCUCAAAGAACUUUCCCUUCUCUGUCGGCAACGCCGUCCGCAUCGUCUUCAACUAUUUCUUGUUCCCUAUCGUCGCCUUGUCAUGCUUCCAGCUCGUCACUGCAGGCGACGCGCCCACUUAUACAAUUGCUCUCGCAGUUGUCACUCUGAUUUCCCUCGUCAUAUUUGCAUCAUACCUUUUCUAUCUUAUCAUCAAGACGAGGCCCAAGUCUGUCCUCUACGAUGAUCUACCGACUGUACUCUUGUACGGCCCUCUUUAUAACACCUAUUCUGACGAAGCGGCUGCGUACGCCCUCAUCCCUGUCUUCCUGACAUUCCUCCGGGGUAUCACUGUGGGUGCAGUUCAACCGAGCGGUAUCGCUCAAGUGGUACUGCUUGCCAUAUGUGAAGUUAUCCACAUCCUCACGCUUCACGCUUUCCGACCGUUUCAGCGUUCAACCGCGAUGAACGCGUACCACACUCUGUUCGGGUCGCUACGUCUCAUUUCACUCUUACUGAUGGUGGCAUUUCUGCCUUCACUUGAUGUGUCAGAGGGGGACAAGGGCUGGAUUGGCUAUAUCAUUCUAGGCAUCCACGGUGCCGCUUUGAUAUUUGGCUUCUUCCUCAAUGCUCUACAGACCAUCAUCGAGGUUGCAGCUCGCAUGCUUGGUGCUGGUGGAGACGACGCUCGAGGUCUGACCCGUGGAGGACUUACAAAGAUCUUUGGUAUGCGACAGCUGUCUCGUCGCAACACACAACCGCGUAACACUGGUCCAUCCCGAGCAAGCCAAUUGUCGACGGCAGCAAUGUUGGACAUGGACGAUGGUGGCAAGUCAGGAUACGCUAUGCCAAGCGGAAGGGUUCGAAGCGAGUCCGGUGCUAGUCUCGGUGGACUCAUGAACCCUCGGCACAGAAGCAGCUCGGCGCUUGAUAGUAUCGACGUCUACUCCGGCAUGCCGGUUGACAGCGGCAGUUCCUAUAUGCCGAACACGCCCGGAGAGAGGAGCACAUUUUCUUUCCUGCCCUCCCCUAAUGCUGCAGGACGCCAUCAUCCUACACAGUCGAUGGACGCCGCCGACCCCUAUUAUCGACCUCCCCGACGACGACAAACGAUGAAUGAAUCAAUCCACUCUGAAGGACCUGGUGGUUCUAACGUAGCAGAUGCUAAGGGAGCUAAUCAACCUGGAGGCUUAGGGGAUCCUGCGGACAUGGGUGCGGAUAUCUCCCGCGGACCAACUCCAGCCCCUCCUCCUCCAGCUGGGUAUUCUCAAGUCAGCAUCCCUCCGAACCGACCCGAUUACGCCACUCGUGAAGUAGACUUUUACUAUGGUGUUCGUGGACCAGCCCUGAACUCGGAUGGUCCUGGUCGCAAGCUUGGAACAGGACCUGCUGAUCCAACAGGCCCUGUGGCUACCGCAUCAGGAUGGUUUCGAAAUAUGUUUGGUGGUAAGACGAAGGAGAAAGGCAAGGGGUUUGAAGUCGUGAGAAGCUCGCGAAUGCCACCGGCCAUGAUGGCUAGGAACGGUGGAGAAUCACCCCCUGAGGGCAUUCCGGUGGCCAUGGGUGUACUCCGAAAUGGGCCUAUUGAUUCGGACGACGAAGACGAACCUCUACCAAGGCGAUCACCCGGUCGCCAGCAGCAGAGUGCUCUUCUAGAUGACAAUGGGGACCCUCAAGACUCUGAGCCCGAGAGCCCCGUGUUAGAGCGACCACGACGCACCUUUAGCGCCGGUAGUGAGGGAUUCCCAAGGCCACCAAGCAAGUCUCUAUCCAAAGCGCCGCACAUCGCACUGCGCGAAGCCGAGGAUGAUGACGCCCCGGAAAUUCCUCGCAAGAGCUCCAAGCGUGCGUCUGGCAAUUUUGGAGGCAACAGCGACCACAGUCGAGCGCCGUCACUCAGUCUGAUGAACAUGCCUGGCUCAACAAUAUCCUUCGGGUCGCAGUUACGGGACUCAGAUGCUGUAAGUCGUACUUCGAGUCACCAUCGAGCUACACUAUCAGCUUCUUCGCGACUACCAUUCGAGCGAACCAACUCCCAAAAGCGGCUGUCUUCCAACUCUUCCAUGGAGUUCCCCGGCGAAUUCUCCCAUAUCGACUUCAGCCCAGCAAUCGACGACCGACCUGCAAGCUUUGGCAUGGUAUCACAACAUGGUGUCAGCCGAGUUGACCCGUUACAUCGUGAUGUGAAUCUGCUCGGCAGCUCCGCUGAGCUUGUUGAGGAUCUCCCUGCUAGACCCCGCACUUGA